CACACAACCAUAAGAUUGAAAUAGCAAGUUUUGUUUCUUUUAUUUUGAGUGUUGAUUAUGUCCAACACCCUACGCUCGGGGGGGUGGUAAGAUUUAGCAUAGGGAAACAAUUUCCAGCACAGGGGAAAAAAACGUUAAAGAAAAGGGUAAAUUUUCGGUAACAUUUGCAAAACAGCUGGAAGUGACAAUGCGUACGAGGUAGUUGGAUUGUGUGGUGUGUAGGGAUAAAGCGCUGUUAAGCCAGAGCCAGUCAGCCAACAGAAGUUCUGAUGGUGAUUCAUAGCAGAAGCAACAGCAGGCAGCAGUUGCAACAAUAACAAAAGCGAACCACCCGUAUUGGGCCUUCACCCACCCACGUCGAUCGCUCCACCGCACUCCACCCCAUUAUCAAUCACCCCCUGCAAAUCAACCACAAGCCAGCGAUGGAGAAGGUGGAGGAAAUCAAGUACAAAGUGUUGGAGCUGAUCAACAAAAAGAAAGAGGUAAAGAUUCCAAAGAUGGGCUUCACGGAUUAUUAUGUGCACCAGCAGCAGGUAGCCCGUGUAGCCGCUACACCCAUCCCGGGUGGGCACGCGAAAGCUUCCACCCAUACCGUGCCGUCAGCAGCGGCCAGCAGCAACAUGCCACCGUACGAUUGGGCGGAAGAGAUAUCGGGUCAGCGGGGGAUGCACAGCGAACAGGACGAGCAGACGGCCGCGUCCGAUCAGGAGGUGUUGGAAUCGACCGAAGCGAUCUACUUCGACACGGGCAGCAAUACGGGCCUGCACGAGCUACGCAAACUGUCCGAAACGGGCCAGCUGCUUGACUGUGGUACGAUCGAACAGUCGAUGGGUGUGUUGCGCCGUCAGCAUCGGGUCAUCUCGAAGAAAGUGCUGCAGCUAAUACUCGAGCAGCGAACGGCCUGCGAUGCCGAGUUUCAGCGCAUCCGCGAAACGGAACGGCUGUUGCGGGAAACGGUUGCAAUGUGCCGCACGGCACGGCUUAAGCUAGACACCUCGAAGCUGUUGCUAACCACAACGAACCUGGAAAUAUUGGCCGCCUACAAGAAGCGCCAAACGUUGGUGAACUUGCUGCGUACGCUGAACGCGCUGAAAAGCAUGCGCUCGAUCGAUCAGCGGCUGCAGCGCCGGCUAACGGAUGCGGAUUACGGUGGGGCGAUCGCGAUACUGCUCGAGAACAAGAAUCUUUCGCAACGGUUUCACGCGUACCGGUGCGUGGAAUCGUUGUCGCACAAGCUGCAGGACACGCUGCUGCUUACCGAGGUCCAGCUCGAGAGUGUGCUGGGCGAGAUGCCGUCCGAGUUUGAGCCGGCCCGGUACCAGAAGCUGCAGGAAGCGUACCAGCUGCUCGGGAAGCAGCUGAUCGCGAUGGAUCAGCUGCACAUGAACUUUGUCUCGUCGGUACAUACGGCUGCAUUCACCGUGCUCCGCCAGCAUAUGGAGGUCAGCGUGGAGGAAAGCAAAAAGCUAACGUACGAGCAGAUGUGCGAGUGUGUACCGAUGGACCGGUACGUGCACUGCUUGACUGCGCUGUGCCGGGCGUUCUGGAAGAUACUCGUUUCGUACCAUCAGAUACGCUGCUGGCACCAGAACCGGAGCCUGUGCGAGAAGGCACCGGUGGAGGACGGUGAAACGGCGGCGGACCGUUCGUCCGCUAGCUUUCAGCAGGAGUACAUCCGCCAAAAGCUGGAAAGUGGCCAGUUCCGGCUGUGGAACGAUAUACAGGCAAAGAUUUGCGUGUUCAUCGGUACCGGGCGGCUGUACGCGCUCAAGUACGACCAGUUCGUGCAGAUACUGGCGAUCGUGCAGCGGCUGAAGAAGGUGGGCGUAGAGUUUUGUGACAGCCGGUCGGAAAAAUUGCUCGGCGCAAUGCAACGGCAAAGUAUGGAGUUUUUCCAGCGGUACCAUGCAUCCUGCCUGGAGGAGAUCGGACUUUUCUUCGAUCACGAGGUGUGGGUACCGAUCGGGAGCUUUCACGACGUGACGCAGCUGCAGGAGUAUCGCAACUUUCGGCACGCACUGGCACGUACCGUGGACCGGGGCGGUUCGUCGGCGGUCACCGCACGCACCAGCCCCGCCGGGGCGGAACUGCUGCCGGACAGUGCGUCCUCGUUGCAUUCGCAGGACGAAAGCUCACUGUACGGGUCGUGUGGAUACUUUUUGCGCUUUACCGAGAAAAGCUCGCCCUUUGACGGUGGGUUCGAUAGUACGAUGCUGGAGGAGGACAUACUGGCGGGAAUAGCGGACGAAUCGUCCUACUACUGUUCGGAGGACAGUAGCGACAAUAAUGAGCAACCGUCGGCCGGUUCGCCGGGUUCGCCCAGGCACUCGGCGCCUUCGCAACCGCAGCCACCCACCGACCGGUCACCGAUCGUGGUCGUUAACACCUCGCUUACCGUGUUGCGCUGCAUCGGACGGUAUCUGUACUUCUGCAAACUAUUGCACCCAAUCACACCCCACAUCGUGCGCUCGAUGGCGGAGCUGAUCGACUACUACCUGUACUCGGUGCAUGACCUCUUCUCCGCCGAUCUACCCGUCCCCCGUGACAAUCUGUCCAGCGGGCGAUUGCGGGCCGCGAUGCAGCGCAUACAGGCGGAGCUGCUGCCGAAGCUGCGCCGCGUUUGGCCCCUGUCGGAUGAGAUGGUGCGGCCGGAUCUUACCGAUCCGGACACACUGUACGGGCUGCAGAAGCGUAUCGUUGCGUCGGAAAGCUGUAUCACGCUGGUCGCCCAGUUCCGGCAGAUGGAAAGCUAUCUGGGCGGUUUGCUGGGUGGCGGAAGUGCGACGCCCGGCGGUGGUGAGGCGGAGGACGGUUGGACACAGGGAGCGUUGCGUGAUUAUCUCGUGCGUACCACCGAGUACGUGCCGGAUGUGCGGAAGCCCAUCUUUAUGUGUUCGACGGCGCGCGUCAUCGACCUGCAGGCGGUACUGAACGCGAUGGCCAAGGUUAAGUGGGACGUUAACCAUGUGAAUGUGCAACACUCACCAUACAUCGACACCAUCAAUCGGGGUAUACAAUACUUUGCGAUGAAGCUGGAAGAACAAACGUCCACCGUGAUGCUGCCGCCGGAUGUACUUUGGGACAGCUUUGUGCACGUGCUGACGCAUAUGCUCGUCGAAGGAUUCUCGAACGCGAAAAAAUGUUCAGCCGGUGGGCGAGCAUUGAUGCAGCUGGACUUUACGCACUUCUGGUCCCUGCUGGAGAUUGUAUCGGGCGGUAAACAUCCCGAGCACCGGGCGUACGUCGAGCAGUACGUAAAGGCGUACUAUCUGCCGAAGGAUCUGCUGGAACAGUGGUUGCUGGAACCGCACGGCUACUCAGCGAAACAUUUGGUCGGGUUGGUACAGUGUGCGUGCAGCAGCGACAAAAAGGCCCGCCAACGGUUGCUUGCCCUCGUCGAGUCGGGAACUGGAUCCGCUACCGCCACCACCAAUAGUUCAUCUCCCGCUCAGCAACCGUCCGGUGAUGGUUCGUCGUCGAACGCCGAAGGUCCAAGGAAGGACACCUAAUUUAUCUGAAUCUGUAUUGGCGAUCUGGUCCCCCCCCUAUUCCUUAUGUGUUGUUACGUUUUCCUUCCAUUAGCUGUAGAGAAUAUCUAUGUAUGUUUGUUUAUUUAUAUAUUUGUUUAGUGUUUUUUUUGUCCCAACUUAUUUCUAUCGACCAAUGUCCGGUCUCGCACAGUAGUUAAUGGCCGGUGUUGUGUGAAUAUCUCGAAAGUAGCACUGCUUCUGCUACGCAAAACAAGGUUAGACAAGGCUAGACGGGUUUCAACAAGAACAAAGUAGUAGGAAACGCCAGGAUGGAACAGUAAUCAAAUCUCGAACAAAACUCAUGACCUGGACUACUAAUUCGUUAGUAUUUUCGACAGCAUUUUAGUGCUCCUCAUUAUUAUCCUUCAUUUUCCUUUUCUCUCUCUAUCUCUCUCUGGCUCUCUGUGUAUUUUCUCUCUGUCUCUAAUCGCAAUAAUCGCUCAUCGUUUGAUAGUUAGUUACUUAUUUGAGGACUUGUUAUCUGCUCGCCCGAGCUGCUUGCCCACGCUGCAAGUAUUCCGGUUGCGGAGUGCAAUACGAACCGUGGUUGGUUUGGUUAGUUAGUUCAUAGAGCCUUUGAGUCGCCGAAGACUUUAUCUAAACGAAACGAGCUAAUGCAGGUACCCUAGCCUGGGAUGAGGCGCACGAUAUGUUCCCUUCAUUGUUCCGUUUCGUACAGCGAAUCUUAUUUAAUUGUAAGCUAACACACCUGAUGAAAUAAAAAGACAGAUAAACCAACAGUAUUGGUUGCUAAAACGA